CGUCCAGCAGCUGAUCGGUAAUCCAGAAGAAGUUUCCCCUCAGUUAGGGAGGAGCUCCACUUUGAAGCAGGAGACUCCACAACCACCCUGCAUUAAAAAGGAAGAGGAGGAACUCUGCAUCACUCAGGAGGGAGAGUGUCUUCUAGGACGAGAGGAAGCUGAUUACACCAAGUUUCCACUGAGUAUUCUCUCUGUGAAGACUGAAGAUGAUGAAGAGAAACCACAAGUAAACAACCUCUUAGCUCCACUAUCAGAUAGUGAGGCUGAAGACGAGGUUGAAGAACCUCUGAGCAGCGAUAAAGACUGUGAAGGUGAUAUGAGGACUCACACUGACAACAAACACUCUGAAUGCUCUACAAAGAAGAGAGGUGAAACAUGUUUGAGCUGCUCAGUUUGUGCUGAAAGUUUUACUCAAAAGAGCAGUUUGACUCGACACAUGAGAACACACACAGGAGAAAAAACAUUUAUUUGUUCAGUUUGUGGCAAAAGCUUUUCUCAAAAUAGGUCUUUGACUCGACACAUGAGAACACACACAGGAGAAAAACCAUGUACUUGUUCAGUUUGUGGCAAAAGCUAUUCUCGAAAAUGUGGUUUGACUCAACACAUGAGAACACACACAGGAGAAAAACCAUGUACUUGUUCAGUUUGUGGCAAAGGCUUUUCUCAAAAUAGCUAUUUGACUAAACACAUGAGAACACACACAGGUGAAAAACCAUUUAAUUGUUCAGUUUGUGGCAAAAGCUUUUCUCAAAAUAGCUGUUUGACUCGACACAUGAGACCACACGCAGGAGAAAAACCAUGUACUUGUUCAGUUUGUGGCAAAGGCUUUUCUCAAAAUAACUAUUUGACUAAACACAUGAGAACACACACAGGUGAAAAACCAUUUAAUUGUUCAGUUUGUGGCAUAAGCUUUUCUCAAAAUAUCUGUUUGACUCACCACAUGAGAAUACACACAGGAGAAAAACCAUGUACUUGUUCAGUUUGUGGCAAAGGCUUUUCUCAAAAUUGCUAUUUGACUAAACACAUGAGAACACACACAGGUGAAAAACCAUUUAGUUGUUCAGUUUGUGGCAACAGCUUUUGUCAAAAUAGCUAUUUGACUCAACACAUGAGAACACACACUGGACAAAAAUCAUUUAGUUGUUCAGUGUGCUGUAAAAGGUUCUCACGUAAUGCAGACGCAGUAAAACACAUGAGAACACACAAGGGAAAAUAACCAAUUAGUUGUUUAGUUUGUGGUAUGUUGCUCAUAUGUGGUGACAUCCACCCUACCCAGGACCUCCUCACUGCUUCUUUCACAAAUAUCUGAGGUAUUCAUACAAACUUGGAUUAUUUGAAGCAUAAUCUUAUCUACUCAUGACCCCAUGUCUUCUCUGUAUCUGAAACCUUCCUGAACAGUAAGAUAGAUGAUGCUUCAAGUGCUUGGUUACUCCUUCUUCAGUCCAGGGACCUGGGGCCUCAUGUGUCAAGUUUGUACACGCUCAAAAACCUGCACUACACCCUUUUUCACUGCAAAAUUGAGAUGUAUCAAAACUGACUAACGCAUAAGUGAUGCUGGGUAACUGUUUGCAUAACAAAUUGCCAACUUUUACUCCUCAGACUGAUUGAUGUGCAAAUCAGAGACAUAUGAACAAUUAACCCCCAACACCCACAACCCAACCCCCACCUCCCUCGACAUGGUCCUGGUGGAGAUCUACACUCUUAGUGCUUUUCUUCUUUAUUCAGAGUAAUUAUUUGACUUUCUAAAGGUUUUGAACUACUAAGUGGGUUGAAAAAUAUGUAUGUGUUUCUUGUAGUAUUUAAAAUGUAGAAUUGUUUUUCUUCAAUGUUUGCCCUUUUUCUGGUUUGAACAACAGCCAUGGAAAAAGUCUGUGCACAUGCUUGUAUAUAUACAUUUUUUAUUUUCAAACAGUAGUUGUCCGUUUUUUGAUGUUAGAUACUU